UAAAACUUUUCUUCAGCAGCUUAGCGGCACAGCUGUUCUACUCUGAUAACAACACAAAGUAAGAAAUUGUGCACUCCCAUGUCGGUAACUUCAUUUUUGGCACGAUCUAGCAUUCCAUUCCUACAUGUAACGUCAUCGAAAUUCCUGUUCUCCACAACAUCACAAAUACGGGAAAUAGCACUCAACUCAGUUCAACAUUCAAGAAUGACCAGCGAACUAAAAACUGUGUACGUCACUCGUCCGGACGUUGCAUCAGUGGGCAUAGAAUUGCUAAAGACAGAGAGUAACGUCAGCAGUUGGUCGGAACCGUUACCUGUGCCGCGUGAUGAACUCUUGCGACAGGUGGUUGGAAAGAACGCAAUCUACUGUGCAUUAACGGAUAAAAUAGAUGCAGAAGUAAUUGAACGAGCGGGUCCACAACUGAAAUGUAUUGCAACUAUUUCUGUCGGUUACGAGCACAUUGAUAUUGCAGAGUGUAAGAAGCGUGGUAUACGUGUCGGCUAUACCCCGGACGUGCUUACAGACGCAACAGCGGAGUUAACAGUUGCCCUCUUACUUGCCACUAGCCGUCGCUUAUUUGAGGCCAACAAAGAGGUAUAUAAUGGUGGUUGGAAGUCAUGGGCACCCAACUGGAUGUGUGGACAAGGAUUGAAGGGUACAAGAGUUGGUCUUUUCGGAUUUGGACGUAUCGGACAAGAGAUCGCAGCACGUAUAGUUUCAUUUAAACCAUCCCUACUGACAUACACAGCGCGCAGUGAGCAUGUUGCUGAAGCCGCCAAAGUCAAUGCGCAGCGUGUUAGGUUCGAUGAAAUGUUGUGCAAAUCAGAUUUUAUAAUAGUCUGUUGCGCACUUACACCGGAAACCAAGGAAGUCUUCAAUGCCUCCGCGUUUGAGAAAAUGAAACCUAACGCAAUUUUCAUCAAUACAGCGCGUGGUGGCGUUGUUGAUCAACCGGCGCUUUGUGCUGCCUUAAAAGAGCGUCGUAUAUUGGGCGCUGGUUUAGAUGUCACCACACCAGAACCACUGCCGCUCGAUGAGCCGCUACUGAAAUUAGACAACGUUGUCAUAUUGCCACACAUUGGCAGCGCCGAUGUUAACACUCGCACGGAGAUGUCACGCAUAACAGCUUUGAAUAUAUUGGCGGCAUUAAAAGGCGAAAAGAUGAUUGCAGAGGUAUCCGUUUAAGGAAAAAA